AUGGUACGAUUUAUACUUUUAUUGUUAUUUUUGGUUUUUCAUGUAAUCGUUCAUGGUAUAAAUUUUUCUACAUUAUCUGGACGAAAACCCACAUCACCAUUUGAAGAAGUACUAACGAAUCAAGCAAAAGCCCAACCUCCAUUCCAAAAAUUUCGUCGUAGUUCUAAAAGUCUCGAUGGCUACACUACUAAAGCUAAAGCUGACUACAUCGAUUCGUUACCAGGUAUACUCUCUUCCGAAAUUAAUUUUCGGCAAUUCUCCGGAUAUUUAACGAUUAAUGACAGCACAAAACAUAUCUUCUAUUGGUUUGUCGAAAGUCAAAGUGAACCUGAGAGCAAACCACUAAUAUGGUGGAGUAAUGGAGGACCCGGAUGUUCCGGUUUAAUUAGUUUAUUCGAAGAAUUCGGACCAUUUCGUGUUCAACCCGAUAACGUUACAUUGCUAAAAAAUCCUUAUUCAUGGAAUCGUGUAGCUAAUUUUUUGUUUGUCGAAAGUCCUGUUGGUACUGGUUUCAGUUACAGUGAUGUUCCGGAACGUGAUUAUCUUGAAUGGACUGACUUGCAAACCGCACAAGAUAAUUAUUUUGCAAUACAAAUGAAGUCAAAUGAUUCAACUCAAAUCAAUCUCAAAGGUCUCAUGAUUGGUAAUCCUCUUAACGAUCCAUAUUCUUUAGAAUACGUUGGAAAUGUUCAAGCUUUUUGGGCACAUUCUCUCAUCGAUAAACCAACAUGGGAUAAUGUAGUUCGAUAUUGUAUUGAUCCUUAUGAUCGGGAUCCAUAUAAUUCCGAAACUGGAACUGGCUUUCAGCCAUGGAAUGACCCUAUGUGUAUUAAAUACGAUACCCAGGCUAAUUACCUUGUAGCACCACAGCUAUAUAAUUCUAGUUAUACGCGUGGACUUGAUCCUUAUGCACUCGACGCUCCAUACUGUACGUCUGCUCAAAAUCAACGCGAAACGUUAUGGUAUCUUCGGAACAAAGUAUCCGCAUUGAAAAAUAAUUCGACCGUCAAGUUUCGAGCAUGUGUCAACUCGUUCACAGUGGUAUAUCUUGGUUUGUCAAAUGUGCAAAAAGCUAUUCAUGUUCGAUCGUCUAAAAUUCCUCCGCAUAAUAAUAUAGAUGACAAAGCGAACAAUUGGAUCGAUUGUUCAACUCUGAUAGCGAAUGAAUAUAGCAUUAUAAGUCAGAAUACCUAUAUGACUUCGCAUUAUACUUACUUGUUAGAUAAGAAACCUGACUUAAAAAUUAUUAUCUUCAGUGGUGAUGACGACGGAGUAUGUGCAACUGUGGGAACUCAAUAUUGGCUAUACGGUAUGAAUCUCACCGUUAUAUCUCCAUUCCAAGCAUGGUAUCAUACAGCUAAACCGGAUCAAGUCGCUGGAUAUAUAACAAAAUUUAAGGGAAUCACCUUCAUUACAAUACACGGCGCUGGACACGAAAUUGCCCUUUAUUCCCCUGGAGCAGCAUACACUUUCUUCCAAAAUGUUAUAAAUGGGAAAUUUACGUCAUAA